AUGCGUAUCUCCUCUACCAUCCUCGCCACAGCCGGCCUUCUCACCUCGGCCAACGCUGCCAUCAAGGGUUUCAACUACGGCGCAAACUUCAACAACAACCAGGCCAAGACGCGCGUCGACUUUGAAUAUGAAUUCAACGCCGCCAAGCAGCUUCCUGGCACCAGUGGAUGGAACAGCGCCCGUCUGUAUACUAUGAUCCAGCACGGCACCCAGACCACUGUCAUCGAGGCUAUUCAGGCUGCUAUCAACACCAAGACCAACCUCCUACUCGGCAUGUGGGCCUCCGCCGGUCAAGCCAACUUCAACAACGAAAUCACUGCUCUCAAGGCCGCCAUUGCCCAGUACGGCACUGCUUUCACCGACCUUGUCGAGGGUAUCUCCGUCGGUAGCGAGGACCUCUACCGUGUGACUCCAACCGGUAUCGAGAACAAGUCCGGCGCCGGUGCUCAGCCCCAGGAGCUCGUCAACUACAUCAAGCAAACCCGUGCUGCUAUCAAGGGUACUCCUCUCGAGGGCAAGCCCAUCGGCCACGUCGACACCUGGACCGUCUACGUCAACGCCACCAACAACCCCGUCAUCGAUGCUGUUGACUUCAUCGGCAUGGACGCCUACCCCUACUUCCAGACCACCAUGAACAACAACGUCGGAUCCGGCAGCCAGCUCUUCUUCGACGCCUACCACCAGGUUCAAGCCAAGGGUAAGCCCGUCUGGAUCACCGAGACCGGGUGGCCCGUUAGCGGCGAGACGCUCAACCAGGGUGUCCCCAGUGCGGCUAAUGCCCGCAUCUACUGGGAGGAUGUCACCUGCCAGCUCAUCAAGGACAACGUUAACCUGUGGUACUACAUCCUCCAGGAUGUCCAGUACGGCAACCCCGUCCCCUCGUUCGGCAUCAAGCCUGCAGGUGACCUCAUGGCGGUCAAGCCUUUGUUCGACCUUUCUUGCCCUGCAACCUCCGGAGGCUCCACCCCGGCUCCUACCAAGAAGGUCUCUACUGAUGGUACUUGCGGAUCUCAGGGCGGUGCUACUUGCACUGGCUCGACAUUCGGUAACUGCUGCUCGCAGUACGGAUGGUGCGGAAACACUGCCGGACACUGCGGUACCGGUUGUGAGAGCGGAUCUGGUACUUGCAACAAGCGCAAGUAG